AUGCGUUAUCGGGCAAUGAUCGGUAGUUUACUGCAAGCACCGUGGGCUGUUGGCUAUGCGAUGCUGGCACUGAUUGCGUAUCUCUGCAAAUCUUGGCAGCACAUCCAGCUGAUCACAGCUGCACUGCAUGCAGCCACCCUGAUGAUGGUCUGCGUGCUGCCCGAAAGCCCACGCUGGCUAAUUGUUAGUAAUCGUGUGGGCGAAGCGGAACGAUACAUUCGAAAAGCAUGCAGGUUUGGCAUGAUUCUUGUCCAGUCUUGGACGAAAAUGGGCUGA